CAGCAGUCAGAUCCAGAUCUAGUGACAGUGACUCGAUCAGCUCCACAAUGUGGCUCUUGGUUUUCUUAGCGUGGCUGGUGAUAUGGGCCGGGGGCACGUACUGGUACCUGUUCGGGAAACCGAGCCCCUUCUCCCUGGAGUCGGUGAGACCCCCCGGACCCCGCGAGUACGAUCAGAAGAAGCGGGACAAGGUCAUCAAGCAAGGUUUCAGCCUCGACAAGGUGCCUCAGAAUCUGGACGUCAUCGUCAUCGGUAGCGGGAUCGGCGGGCUCACGGCCGGAGCCACGCUGGCCAAAGCAGGCAAGAAGGUCCUGGUGCUGGAGCAGCACGACCAGGCCGGGGGCUGCUGCCACACCUACGUAGAGAAAGGCUUUGAGUUCGACGUGGGGCUCCACUACAUCGGUCAGCUCCACGAGAACAGUCUGCUGCGGAUCGCCUUCGACCAGCUCUCCGAGGGCCAGCUGGAGUUCCAGGAGCUGAAUCAGCACUUCGACACCAUCCAGAUCGGCCUGGGCGACGAGAGGCGGGAGUACACCAUGGUCUCCGGUAAGACGGAGAUGAAAGCUCACCUGUUGAAGCAGUUCCCCGACGAAAGGAAGGCCAUCGAGACGUUCUUCGAAAUCAUGAAGGUCUCGGCUAAGAAGACACACUACCUGGCCACUCUGAAGCUGAUCCCUCGGUGGGUGUCUUUGUUCCUGGUGAAGUCGGGCAUCGCGGACCUCGUCUCCCCCGUCUUCCGCCUUUCUGGCACAUGUGCAACCGAGCUGGUGAACACGCUGACGACCAACAAGGACCUCCACGUCAUGUUCUCGUACCUUUUCUACGGCGUGCCCCCGCGUGACUCCAGUAUUGUGAUCAACGCCCUCCUGGUUCAUCACUACAAGCGAGGAGCCUACUACCCCAAAGGUGGAGCCAGUGAAAUCGCCUUCCACAUCGUCCGCACCAUCCAGAAACACGGGGGCAACUGCCUGGUCAGAGCGCCGGUCUCCCAGAUCCUGGUCAACGAGGAGGGGGCAGCUUAUGGUGUGAAAGUGAGGAAAGGUCUGGAGGAAGUGGAGAUCCAUGCGUCCGUGGUCGUCUCCAACUGCGGCAUCUUCAACACCUUCCAGAGACUUCUGCCACCUGAGAUUCAGGUCAAACACGAUAUUCAGGAACGAGUGAACAUGAUGAAACACGCCAGAGGUUCGUUCUUGGUCUUCUCUGGCUUUGACGGAACCAAGGAGGAGUUGGGCCUCGUGUCCACCAACUUCUGGCUGUUCAAGAACAACGACAUGGACAAGUCGAUGGAUGACUUCUUUGCGUUGAGCAAAGAGGACGCGCCGGAUAACAUUCCCAUGAUGUUCAUCACGAUGCCGUCGUCCAAAGACCCAGAAGCCCAAAUCAGACACCCUGGGAAAUCCUGCAUGACCAUACUGACCAUGGCCAAGUACGAAUGGUUCGAGGAAUGGAAGGACACGGCCGUGCGAAAGAGGGGCGACGAGUACCACAAGUACAAAAUGCGAUUUGCCAAGAACCUCUUUGACUGGGCCUGCACUCUGUUCCCUAAAAUCAAAGACAAGUUGGUUUUCCAGGAAGUGGCGACGCCGCUGACCAACGUGCACUACCUCGGCGCCCAACGUGGAGCCAUGUACUCCGCGGAGCACAACCUCGACCGUUUCCACGCCGAGGCCGUGGCGAAGAACAGAUGCGACACCCCUGUGAAAAACCUCUACAUCUCAGGUCAGGACGUGUUCAGCUGUGGGAUAGCGGGAGCGCUGCACGGCGGACUCCUCUGCGCCGCCACGGUGUUGGAUCACAUCAUCUACAUCGACCUGCUCCUCCUCAAGAAGAAGCUGAAGAAGAGGAAGGCCAAAGAGCUGGCCCAGCUGGCAACGAAGAAGCUGCAGUGAGUCCAGCUUGUACUUCCCCCGCAGGACAUUAGUGGAACUGCACACGCCUGGUGCAAAUGGACCCCUUGACCGUCGUGGGAAUCUGAGAGGAACACGCCACCGACGUGUCCUGGUUCUGUUCUACACGACCCACGUUGUGUCUAUGGAAGGAACAGGUGUAAUGAUGAACACUGUGGCCAGUGUCAAAACUGAAUAUGUCGCAAAAAAGUUUGAGCAAAAGCCGUCACGCCAUCGCAAAAUUGAAUCUUUCGACGAACUUUGAUCUUGAGAACCAAGUGUAGAUUGUAAAAUAGCCCUGAGUGAUUCACGUGUUCCUGGUGGAUCAUUUAGUCUAAUAAAGUACACAGACGUCUGGUUCCCUCGUUAACACGUGAACCAUGCACUCAUCAAAGAAGGAAACUAUACACAGAAGUUAGUAGUGAAGGAUUUGUACCAUUUUCUAUACUUAAUACUGCGCUGUACCUCUGCAGCAUUACAUGGGAAACCAUAUAUGUUAUAUUAUAUAUAUUAUAUUUUUAUUAUGAUCCUGUGCAGAUAAAUAACUAGAGGAAAGAGAUCUUUAUUUUUCUGUGUUAUUCUCUGAUGUGUACAAUAGUAUUUCAUUACUUCAUUGUUUUACGUUUGUAUUUAAGUAUACUGUGAUUUCAACUGAAUUGGGUUUUACUGUGUUAUGGUGGUUUCACAUCAUGUAAAGUCAGACUGAUGUAAAAGUAAGAAAUAUCAUCAUAUGCUUCAUCAUUGUUGUAUGAACAAUAAAAUGCUUUGUGUGUUUG